UCACGUGAUUUAAGUCACAUGUUUCUUGAUUUUUUGAAGAAUUUUGAUUAAUUUGAUUAUCUGUAUCACAAACUAAAAAAAUGGUCAAUUUAACUCAGAUUUGUUGUAAAUAUAUGCCAUUUUAUUUUCGAAGACCUGAAAAACGUAGUGUUUAUUUCCGUCGACAAGCUAUUUUCCGUCUGACCGGAAACUAUUAUGGCCGAACACGUAAUGUUUGGCGUGUUGCCAUACAUCGAUGGCUUAAAAAAAUGGUUUAUCUUCAAGAAUUUCGUCGACGACGAAAUACACAUAUGGACGAUCUAUACAAACAACGAUUAUUGGCUGCUGUUGAAGAGCAUGAUUUCAAAUCAGAAUAUUUCUUAUCCACAUUGACCAAAUGCGAUGUCGAAUUGGAUACGCGAAUACUUUCAUUAUUGGCCACUUAUGAACCACGUACUUUUAAGUCAUUGGUUGAUUUGACCAAAACUGUUUUCCACGAAAAUGCAACUACAGAAAUAAGUCGUCAUACAAAACCAUGCGAUGCCGUAAUUACACGUGGAAUGCUAAAAGAAAACAUUUGAAAUAUAUAUUAAAUUUAUUCUUUGUAUUAUAUAA